GCCACUGCCUCUGCCUUCGAUCAACUCCAGAUAUACAUACAUACUCCAUACACAUUUGUAUUUAUUUUCUCAGUGCUCAGCUUCAAUUUCCUCCGCAUUCAUUUCCAUUUCUCAGUACGCUCAGUACCACGCUCCCGUUGACUUCGUCUCUGUUUAUCCCGCGUUGUAGUUUGACUGUUUAUUUAAAAUUUUUAUUGAAUUCCGUGCAUACACACACAUUCACACACACUCCAGCAAUGGGCAACAGAGGCAUGUAUGGCCGGCGUCAAUGGAAUAUCAAGAAACUAUCGCUGCUGCUCGCCACAGGCCUCUUGUUGUACGUCUUUGUUUUCUCCGGCGGCUAUCAGAAAUAUCAAAUAGACGGUGUUAUCGGGAAUACUAAGCCGGAAACGGUGUGGGAAUAUGUGGCGGACUUUAACAAAAUGCGCAUGCUAAAUCCUACCAUAUUAAGUUUUAAGAUACUUGAUGAUCAGGGCCACGCCCAUGACUGGCGUUAUACGGUGCAGUAUACGGAGCGCUUAGCGCACUGGCCACACUGGCUCAACACAGCCAAAGCCAAAUUUGUAGUGACCAAGACGCUUCCGAAUGUGCAGCCACCCGCGUGGGCUAUACAGUCCAGUCAUGAGACCUGCUUCUUUGGGGGCAUGUACUGUCUGCGUUCGCUAAGUGAAUUUAAGUUCAGCGCAAUGGGCAGCGAUACCUACGCACAUGAAAAGAUCCAAUAUCAAUGCCCACCAUUUCUGGGCAGAGCCUGCCGUUCGGAGCUCGAGUUUCAGCGUCGCGCUGUCAUGCAUAAUCUAACGCAUAUUUUUAAACGUAAUUAAACAGCGUGGUGUCCAAUUCAG